AUGUGCGAUACACUCACCAGUCUCCUCAUUUUUGCAUUUGUUCAAACUAACUUUAUGUGCAGCAAAACCUAUCAUCCUACUGCCCUUUACCCGCGGUGUUUGGUCGUUCUCUUCACGAGUGUUGGGGCAGUCGGUCUCUCUGAGGGUUCCAUUUGCCCUUUACUGCAGGUCUGCGGUGGGAUCUGCCGGACCGCUACCCCCGUUAAUGUCGCCGGUCAGGGUAGCUUUGGAACUGUAAGCUCCGCGUUCGACAAGUACUUACAGAGAGAGGUGGCCAUUAAGAAGUUGGAUCGGCCUUUCGAGAAUGCAGAGUUCGCUAAGCGCACUUACCGUGAGCUGGCCAUUCUGGCUCAAAUGGAUCAUGAAAACGUUAUUUGCCUCAUCGAUGCAUUUACUCCGCAAACCUCCUUGGAGACUUUUGAAGACGUAUACCUUGUCACACCCCUGAUGGAUGCCGACCUGGGUGCUAUUGUGGCUCAGCAGGUGCUCACUGACGAUCAGAUCUGCUUCCUCGCAUACCAGAUGCUGCGCGCGCUGAAGUACAUGCAUGGUGCCCAUAUAAUCCACCGUGACCUGAAACCCUCCAACAUCGGAGUAAACUCCGAUGUGGAACUGCGUAUAAUCGACUUCGGUUUGGCGCGGCAAAAGAGUCAUCUUAUGACGGGCUACGUGGUUACUCGGUGGUACCGAGCGCCUGAAGUUAUGCUUAAUUGGAUGCAUUACAACGACUCAGGUAGGAUUGAGGUUUUUUGUUCGUUCCACAUGCGUGUAAUUUGCGAGACCUGCUUUCAAUUCGCAUCCCUCUCACCGGUUUUAUCCACCCCUCAAGUCGAUGUGUGGUCAGUGGCGUGCAUUUUGGUGGAACUGAAAACGCGCCAGCCUCUCUUCCGUGGGCUGAACCACAUCGAUCAGGUGAAGCAGAUCAUGAGCAUCGUGGGCGCUCCGGACGAAGAAUUGAUGCAGAAAAUUACCAGUAGCAGUGCACGGGAAUUUAUUGAGAAACUCAACUAUACCAGCAAGAAGGAUCUCAAAGAUGCGUUUCCGUGGGCUUCGCCUGUUUUGCUGGACCUCCUCUCGAAGAUGCUCGUUCUGGAUCCGGAUCGGCGUCUGACAGCAGCACAGGCUCUGGCACAUCCAUACUUCGCGGAAUAUCACAACGAGAGUGAUGAGCCUGUAGGAGAACCACUGGAAGACGAUCUGAUAGAUUCCGACAACCUCACCAUGGAGGAGUGGAAAGAAGCUACAUGGAAUCUGCUGCAAAAUUUUAAGCCGAAGUUGACCUCCCUCCGACCGACAGACGCGUACUCGCCAAUCAACGCGUGA